GUGGCUAAAGACUGGGGGACCCCUGGCUAGAGCCACAGUGGGGGUGAGCUGGUGUGGUGAGUGGGGGUGACUGAGCCCCUGCCCCCAGCACCGUGAGCAAGAAGCUGGUGCUCAGGAGCUGUGUGGUCACGGAGCUGAGGAUGUUCUGGGAGGCAAGGGCAGCAUGAGCAAGGGACUCAUGGUUUCCAGGCUGGGAGUCUGUCCACAGCAGCCUCUAUGCACACCCCCAUCCUGGACUGCUUAAUGGAGCAGGGACCCCCAAAACUGGUGGAGGGACUUGCCCGGCUUCUUUCACCCCCAGGCUAGGGUCAAGGUGAGCAGCUCCAGAGAUGGAGGAACAGCCACGGGGCAGCAGAUGCGAGAACCUGCUGACUUCCUCCGUGCCUCAGUCUACCUCUGCCUAGAGAGCUUGGUCCCAGAGUCUGCCCCACACAGUGCCCUGGCAGAGGGGAAACCAUCCUGCAGACGAGGAGACCAAGGCCAGGAAUGGCCCAGGGUCCUGUGGGGGCUGAGCAAGAUGAAGCUGCUCUGAGCCCCAGGCUUGAGUUCUGACCCUGGUCCUCAACCCUGAUCAACUAGAAAACAAAUGGGGCGGGGUCUCAGGUGAGCAGCGCUGUGGGAGGAUGGCUUGUCCUGCUGUCCGCAUUCUGGACCACCUCACCCUGCAUGCUGACUUUUCCUCCCCUACACCUCCUCCUCUGAGCAGGACCUCUGGGGCCUUGCUCGUUUCUGGUGAUUGGCCUUCUGGUUGGCGGCCAUAGCCUAGGGCUGAGUUAACCUGAGCAGGGAUCCUGAUGCCCGCGCACCCACUGCGUGCCUUGCCGUGAUGCAUCCUGUGGGGAUGGCUCCGUUAUGACUCCAUUUUACGGAGUUGUGGGCUGUGGCUUGGAGCUGUGAAUGUUCACCUGAGGUCAUACUGAGUCACUGGAGGAAUUCAGCCCCAAACCCAGGCCUCACCCGACCAGGCUGUCACCUCCUUCAGCUAGGGUCCCUCCUGCCCCCAGACUCUACCUCUGGGUCUACAACUCUUAUGCCAUCCCAUUGGAAAAAUGCAGUUCCAGGGAUGUGUGGCCCCUGGCCUGGGGUCUCACAUCUGAUGUGUGAUUUGUCUACAAAGCCCGCGCAACUGCCACUUGACUUGCAGCCCCCAAGAAGGGAGGCAGGGCUUCUGUAAGCAGCCUCUGAGCCUUUCCAAUUGUCAGCCACCUCUCAGGGCUUUCUUGUGGUCAUUGGACCACAAGUCAGAGAGACCUGGAUUUGAAUCCUCAUUCUGCCCUCCAUAAGCUGGGCAAGCUUGGGCAGGUCACAGGCCUCUCUGAGCUUACAUAUUCUUGUCUGCCACGUGAGGGCGGUGACACUAGUGGGGGGCUGCUGGGGAAGUGGGCUGUGUGCCUCAUGCUGUCUGUGCCUACCUGCCCUCAGCUCCUGUAUGACAGCCCCAAGGCCCGGCAGGAGGUGGACCACCACUGGCAGACCUCGGGGGGCCCUCACAUUGUGCGCAUCCUGGACGUGUAUGAGAACAUGCACCAUGGCAAGCGCUGUCUCCUCAUCGUCAUGGAGUGCAUGGAAGGUGGUGAGCUCUUCAGCCGGAUUCAGGAGCGUGGCGACCAGGCUUUCACCGAGAGAGAAGCUGCAGAGAUCAUGCGGGAUAUCGGCACUGCCAUCCAGUUCCUGCACAGCCAGAACAUCGCGCACCGAGAUGUCAAGCCUGAAAACCUGCUCUACACGUCCAAGGAGAAAGAUGCAGUACUCAAGCUCACUGACUUUGGCUUUGCCAAGGAGACCACCCAAAAUGCCCUGCAGACACCCUGUUACACUCCCUAUUACGUGGCUCCUGAGGUCUUGGGUCCAGAGAAGUACGACAAAUCAUGUGACAUGUGGUCCCUGGGCGUCAUCAUGUACAUCCUCCUGUGUGGCUUCCCGCCCUUCUACUCCAACACGGGCCAGGCCAUCUCCCCAGGGAUGAAGAGGCGGAUCCGCCUAGGACAGUAUGGCUUCCCCAAUCCUGAGUGGUCGGAGGUUUCUGAAGAUGCCAAGCAGUUGAUCCGCCUCCUACUGAAGACAGACCCCACAGAGAGGCUGACCAUCACACAGUUCAUGAACCAUCCCUGGAUCAAUCAAUCAAUGGUGGUGCCACAGACCCCACUCCACACGGCCCGCGUGCUGCAGGAGGACAGAGACCACUGGGAUGAGGUCAAGGAGGAGAUGACCAGUGCCCUGGCAACCAUGCGUGUGGACUACGACCAGGUGCAGAUCAAGGACCUGAAGACCUCUAACAACCGACUGCUCAACAAGCGGAGAAAGAAGCAGGCAGACGGUUCCUCAGCCUCCCAGGGCUGCAACAACCAGUAGCACGCCGGGCCUUGGAUGAGGGCCUUGGAUGGGCCGGGCCUCUCAGCCUGGGGACAGACAGGAGCGUGCUGACGCCCCGGGUCACUGUUUUUAACAAAAGGAUCAUUUUGUUGUGUUUUAAUUUGUCACUUAGAACUUCAGGAUGGGGGACCGUGACUCCAAACCUCCUUAGAGAGGGAGGCCUGGAGUUAGGGAGCCACCUGCCCCAGCUGCAGCGCCUUUGGCCAGAGCAGCCUGAGUGAGACGUAGCUCUGUUGGGCACGCUGGGGCAUGGCUUUAGACUUCUAGGCCACCGGCAGUUGUGGCGGGCUUCCCUCCUCCCUUGGAGACACCGCCCUGUAGGGUGGACAGAUGGGCCUGGCCCUGGGAAAGGCAUCUGGCCAUGGGUUGCCAUGGUGACCAGGGACCGGCUUGCUGUCUGUGAAUGCUGAGUGAGAGAGCAAGGGAGGGAGAAGGGGCAAUGGGGGUCUGCCUCUGCGUCCUUGGGGCGGCUGGUCUCCUUCACACUGCUCCACCCUCUCAGGCUCCCUCCCUUUGGUCUCCUGAGGCCCAUGGUCAGUUUGCCUGCCUCGCUGGGUGGUCCAGCCCUAUCUUGCUGCAACCCCAUCCCACAGGGCCCCUGGAGCGCCCUCCCCGCAGGGUCCCUGGGCCUAGUGAUGCUGUUACUACCCCUUACCCAAAGAGUGGCCUCUCAUCUCAGGGGAGGGUGGGAGGUAUUUUUAACCCUUUUCUACUUUGGAAAAUGUCACUGUGACACAAGCCAGUACAGUUCUCUUGCCCCUACCCACUCACCGGUUCCCAGGCAGGAAAGCUUCUCUGUAAUGGUUCAUCCUCCACCUUGUCCUGGUUGAUGGCAGGGGCUGCCUCCUCGUGGACUUUUGUGAGAGUGGAUGGCUGGGGGCAGGACCCAGGGGCUCCCCAUUAAUCAGGGAUCUCUUUCUACACUCUGGGUCAGACUCCAGGCAGUGGAGGGCUACUGAGUGAUGCUUAGAAGGUCUGGUUCUGGGUCCCAGCUUUGGCCUGAGUCGGAACAGAGAGGAUCCCUUCCUUGCUGGUCUAAGCUUACCCAGUCCCACGGCUGCCCCGGGUAGCCUCAGGGUUCUCAGUGCCUGAUAUGGGCCCGACAAGUGCCUGACAUCCAGCCUGGUCCCUGACCUCUCUCUCGCUGGCUGGGAAACCCUAGCCCACAUCAGAUAGGAAAACACUGCUGGGUUUUACAUGUAGAUAGUAAUAAAUACCAUUUUGGCGUUUC